AUGUCUGAGUCGGCACCAUUGCUGAAGAGGUCCAAUGGUACAGGUAAAACCUUACCUGCGACACAAAGAUUUCUGUACAGUAUCGGACAUGUACUUAAUGACCUCACAGCCUCCAUGUGGUUUAGCUACCUCAUCAUCUACUUUCACCAAGUCAAACAGUUUGACAACUCACUGGCUGGAUACUUGAUGAUGAUUGGUCAAGUCAGCGAUGCAUUGUUUACACCGUUUAUUGGUUACGAGUCAGAUCAUACCCAAGGGAUACUGAAGAUUGGAAAGAGAAAAACUUGGCAUUUAUUAGGUACAAUAUGUGUGGCGUGUAGCUUUCCCUUCAUCUUUAACAAAUGUAUCACCUGUGACCAUACCAAGGAUAUCUACCAGUUUAUCUAUUAUGCGCCGUUUGUCGUGAUAUUUCAGUUUGGCUGGGCGUCAACCCAGAUCUCUCAUUUGUCUCUCAUACCUGACUUAACCAUUAAAGAGGAUGAGCGUGUGGAAUUAAAUGGUUUUAGGUAUGCCUUCACGGUGUUGUCUAAUUUAACCGUGUUUGGACUGUUUGCUCUCCUGUUUUACCUCAACACUGGGGAUGGCAUUGGUAGUAGUGACAUGCUGUCACCAGUUGACAACAACAAUUUCAGAGACCUGGUAUUUAUCGUGGUCAGUUUAGGAGUAGUGGUCAGUUUCUUGUUCCAAAUUGGUGUGAAGGAGGGAGUAAAGACUAUGUCUCAUGUAGAGGCUGAAGAGGCCAUGUCCAAAUCUCUGAAGACUUCAAUGUCUUCCUCUACUGGAGAAAGUGCCCAUUCCAUAGAAAUCUCCAUGUUGAAGCAAUCCCUCAUGUCAUGGAAGGACUGGCUUAAAGAAACACAGUUUUAUCAGGUUGCAUUGAUAUAUAUGUGUACAAGGUUGUUUGUGAAUAUAUCACAGAUUUAUCUCCCUUUGUAUGUCACAGAGACUUUAAAAAUGUCGAAGGUCAAUGUAGCCUUAAUGCCAUUGGUGGUAUUUGUCAGUGGACUUUUUACCUCAUUAGUCAUGAAACCUGUCAAUCGAAAUAUUGGCAGAAAAGCCACCUAUUUUAUAGGACAGUUAUGUGGUAUAGGGGCAUGUGUGUGGAUAUUUUUCCUUAAAGAAUCUUCAAAACACUACUGUUACGGUGCAGCAGUGUUACUUGGUAUCGGUGGCUCCACUAUGCUGGUUACCUCCCUUGCUAUGACAUCAGAUCUGAUUGGACAAAAUACUGAAAGUGGAGCUUUUGUGUAUGGUGCUAUGAGUUUUACUGACAAGCUUUCAAAUGGGAUUGCAGUAGUUCUAAUUCAACAGAAUCAUCCAUGCACAAGUUGCUGUCCUAAAUGUAACCAGUAUUUUAAGACAGUGCUGACAUAUGUCCCGGGAGGAGUGGUGUUAAUCACAAUGCUGGUACUACUCACUCUCCUCCCAACAAAGAUAGGCACCAAGAAGAAAGGAAUGAGGCUGCUGGAGCCUUUUGUUAAUUCAGAAGAUUCCAACGGAGUCGUUCCAGGGGCAAUACCAUGUCCAGCUGGCCGUAAUGUUUGCUGUGAGGAGGAGAAUGAUGGUGAUCACACCCAGCUGGCCAAAAGUCCAAGUCUCAGUUCAUCCUGAUACAAACAAGUUUAUCACACCUUGUUAAAGAGAAAGAGAGAUCAAAUUGUUGUCGGCCUUCAAAUAGUAACAAGGAAAAACCCAAAUUGAUCUGGACCUCUACUCCUGAAUUUCCACUUUUCUACAAAGUUUUUGGGUUGGUUUCUACUAAAAGUUGGCCAAGCUUGUUUAUUCAUGGACUGUAUAGCCAUGUCUUUGUUGUAAUAUUGUCCUC